ACAAACGAAGUGUGUGCGAGAGGUGCAUAAAAUAGUUUCUCGGUAUAUUACGGCCCUUUUCUGGAAAAUUUAUCACGACAAGAUAGAAGACCAAAAUCAAUAUGAGUCAGAGACAAGUGUUGCAAGUUUUUGAGCAAUACCAAAAAGCUCGCACACAGUUUGUGCAAACAGUGGCAGAACUUGCUUCAAGGCCACAGAAUAUUGAAACCCUGCAGAAUGCUGGUGUGAUGUCCCUGCUGCGCCCACUGUUGCUGGACAUAGUGCCUACUAUACAACAGACUGCAGCUCUGGCCCUAGGAAGACUGGCCAACUACAAUGAUGAUCUGGCUGAGGCAGUGGUCAAAGGGGACAUCCUCCCACAGUUGGUGUACUCUUUGGCAGAGCAGAAUAGAUUCUACAAGAAAGCAGCAGCUUUUGUUCUGCGAGCCGUGGCCAAGCACUCCCCACAGCUUGGCCAGUCUGUGGUGGACUGUGGGGCACUGGACGCACUGGUCAUCUGUCUGGAGGAGUUUGACCCUGGGGUCAAGGAGGCUGCUGCCUGGGCCCUAGGAUACAUUGCAAGACAUAAUGCAGAGCUGGCACAGGCUGUAGUGGAUGCCGGGGCCGUUCCUCUUCUGGUUCUCUGCAUCCAGGAACCUGAGCUGUCACUGAAGCGUGUAGCAGCCUCCGCCCUGAGUGACAUCUGCAAGCACUCCCCUGAGCUGGCCCAGACUGUGGUAGACGCUGGCGCCAUUGCUCACCUGGCUCAGAUGGUCCUCAACCCUGACGCCAAACUCAAGCGCCAAGUGUUCUCUGCUCUCAGUCAGAUCGCCAAGCACUCUGUAGACCUGGCUGAGAUGGUUGUGGAGGCGGAGAUCUUCCCUGCCGUGCUGACCUGCCUGAAAGACCAAGAUGAAUAUGUCCGCAAGAAUGUGGCUACACUAAUCAGAGAGAUUGUCAAACACACACCAGAGCUUGCCCAGCUGAUAGUGAAUGCUGGUGGUGUGGCUGCAGUGGUGGAUUACGUUGGAGACUCCAAGGGUAAUGUGCGCCUCCCUGGAAUCAUGAUGCUGGGAUAUGUGGCCGCACACUCUGAAAACCUCGCCAUGGCUGUUAUUGUGUCAAAGGGUGUAGUGCAACUUGCUAUAGCAUUAUCAGAAGAACCAGAAGACCACAUCCAGGCUGCGGCUGCCUGGGCACUGGGUCAGAUAGGCAGACACACGCCAGAACACGCCAAGGCUGUGGCAGUGGCCAAUGUGCUCCCGAAACUACUCCACUGUUAUCUUAGAGCUGACUCUUCAGAAGACCUGCAAACUAAGUCCAAGAAAGCAUUGAAGAACAUCCUGCAGAAAUGUGUCCACCUGCCUGCCUUGGAACCCCUCCUCCACGACGCUCCUCCCAACAUUCUCAAGCACGUUGUCGGUCAGUUCAGCAAAGUAUUACCACACGACUCCAAGGCACGCAGAUUAUUUGUCACCAGUGGCGGGUUGAAGAAAAUACAGGAGAUCAAGGCAGACCCAGGCUCAGCACUGGCAGAGUACAUUAACACAAUCAACAAUUGCUAUCCAGAAGAAAUUGUCAAGUAUUACUCCCCUGGUUACUCUGAUACUCUCUUGGACCGUGUAGAGAGCUACAUGCCGCAGGACUAAAUUACGAUGACAACUUAUUUUUUACGAACUGAACAUUUGUAACCAACUCACCUGUUUCAUCAUCUGGAGGAGGACUGACUUUUCAUAUUACUUCUUUAAAGUUACUGACAGUGAGGAAAUGAAUCAACUUUCUCUUUUGAAGAACAAUGCAGUCACAGAUUAAAAUCACUGAACCUGUUGAAGAUAACUUCUUGGCCUAACUUACCAUGGAUUUUUGGUAUUCAGUUUUGUCAGUUAAAAUAAUUGAAAGAAAGUGUUCUAGAAUUAGUUUGAAAAAUGGAAACAGUAAAAGAAAAUAUUUUUUUGUUUUGCCUCAAAGGAUAUGUGAUAUCAUAGUAGUACAUUUGGCAAUGCUAUUUUUAAAACUAAUUAUAAAAAAGUUAAUAGUUUAGAA